AUGGUGUAGAUAAAAGAGACGAAAAAACAGGCGGAGGUUUCCAAAAAUAAAAGCGUCCGUCUCCCCUUCAGAAGGCUGCAGACGGCAGAAGGCGCGAAGGUGCAGCUGCGGUGCGCGCCUGGCCGGAGACGAGCGGACGCCAGGCUCGGGGCGCGCAGCCCCGGGACAGCUCACGCCGCCCAGCCCUCGCCCCGGGAAGGCUGGCUUGGAGCCCCUAGACCGGGAGAAGCGGGCCGCCGGCCGGGAAGCAGAGCGCGGCCGCCGCAAGCCCCCGCGGCAGUUCCCCCCGCUCACCGCUCUCCAGUCGCCCCCGGCGCCAUGAGGCCCCCGACCACCCACCGCUGGCCCGGGCGCGCCCUGCAGAACCCCUGCGGGGGCCUCCUGGCCCUCACCCUGGCUGUCUUCGUGGGCAUGGGCCAUGCUCAGAGGGACCCGGUGGGAAGAUACGAGCUGGCUGGCAGGGACGCGAAUCGGCUGCGGCGCCCCGGGGGCAGUCACCCCGCAGCGUCUGCAGCCAAGGUGUACAGUCUGUUCCGAGAGCAGGACGCGCCAGUCCGGGGCUUGCAGCCCACGGAGCGGGCCCAACCCGGCUGGGGGAGCCCCCGGAGGCCGCCCCGCGCGCAGCAGCCGCGGCGAGCCCAGCCACCUGCGCAGACCUGGAGAAGCGGUCCCUCGGGCCAGCAGCAACCCGCAGCCCGGGCCCGGGCCCGGGCCGCCCCGGCCCUCCCGCGCCUCGGAACCCUUCAGCGGCCCGGGGCUGCGCCCCCAACCCCGCAGCGGGGGCGGCUUACGGGGAGGAAUGUCUGCGGGGGACAGUGCUGCCCAGGAUGGACAACAGCGAAUAGCACCAACCACUGUAUCAAACCUGUGUGCCAGCCGCCGUGCCAGAACCGGGGAUCCUGCAGCCGGCCCCAGCUCUGCGUGUGCCGCUCUGGCUUCCGCGGAGCCCACUGUGAGGAGGUCAUUCCCGAGGAGGAAUUCGACCCCCAGAACUCAAGGCCAGCACCGCGACGCGCAGCCGAGGGGUCCCCUAACCUUCGCAGGAGCAGCGCUGCCGGAGAAAGCACCACAACCCCCAGGGCGCGGUCACUGGCAUCACAACUGCCGCCGGCCAGGACCCUGAGUGGGCUCAGCCAGACCCAGCCCUCCCAGCAGCACGCAGGCUUGUCCCGGACUGUCCGGCUUUACCCAACCGCCGCAGCCAGCGGUCAGCUCACCUCCAAUGCCCUGCCCGCAGGGCCAGGCCUUGAGCGGAGGGAUGGCGCCCAGCAGGCAGCGUAUCUGGACCGCCUGUCAUCCCCCUGGGGGCUGAACCUCACUGAGAAAAUCAAGAAGAUCAAGAUCGUCUUCACUCCCACCAUCUGUAAGCAGACUUGCGCCCAUGGACAUUGUUCCAACAACUGUGAGCGUGGCGACACCACCACCCUAUAUAGCCAGGGUGGUCACGGGCAUGACCCCAAGUCUGGCUUCCGAAUCUAUUUCUGCCAGAUCCCCUGCCUGAACGGGGGCCGCUGCAUCGGCCGGGAUGAGUGCUGGUGCCCUGCCAACUCCACCGGAAAAUUCUGCCACCUGCCCUCCCCGAAGCUGGACAUGGGGCCUCCAGAGAGGGGCUCCCGCCAUGGGGCCCUGCGGGAAGGCCCCUUGAGGCAGUCCACCUUCACCUUGCCUCUCUCCAACCAGCUGGCCUCCGUGGACCCCUCCUUGGUGAAGGUGCAUAUCCGCCACCCGCCGGAGGCCUCCGUGCAGGUCCAUCAGGUGGCCCGGGUGCGGGGCGAAGUCCCGGAGGAGAACAGCGUGGAGACCAGACCCUCGCCCUGGCUUCCCACCAGCCCCCGCCAUAGCCACUGGGACAGCAACAGCAUCCCCGCGCGGUCUGGAGAGGCCCUUCAGCCACCGCCCCCAGCAGCACCCAGGCCUCCAGGAGGGCUGGGCCGCUGUUACCUGAGCUCUGUGAAUGGACAGUGUGCCAACCCCUUGCUGGAGCUGACUGCCCAAGAGGAUUGCUGUGGCAGUGUGGGAGCCUUCUGGGGGGUGACCUCAUGUGCCCCAUGCCCACCCAGACCAGCCUCCCCGGUGAUUGAAAAUGGCCAGCUGGAGUGUCCCCAGGGGUAUAAGAGACUGAAUCUCACUCACUGUCAAGAUAUCAACGAGUGCCUGACCCUGGAUCUGUGCAAGGACUCGGAGUGCGUGAAUACCAGGGGCAGCUACCUGUGCACCUGUGGGCCUGGCCUCAUGCUGGACCCGUCCAGGAGCCGCUGUGUGUCCGACAAGGCCGUCUCCAUGCAGCAGGGGCUGUGCUACCGGUCGCUGGGGCCUGGCACCUGCACCCUGCCUUUGGCCCAGAGCAUCACCAAGCAAAUCUGCUGCUGCAGCCGAGUAGGCAAAGCUUGGGGCAGCAAGUGUGAGAGAUGCCCCCUGCCUGGCACAGAGGCCUUCAAGGAGAUCUGCCCUGCUGGCCACGGCUACACCUACUCGAGCUCACAUAUCCGCCUGGCCAUGAGGAAGGCCGAGGAGGAGGAACUGGCCAGGCCCUCCAGGGAGCAAGCACAGAAGAGCUACGGGACCCCGCCGGGGCCAGCGGAGAGGCAGCCGCUCCAGGCCGUCACUGACACCUGGCUAGAGCCCGAGACCGUCCCUGACAAGGGAGACUCUCAGGCUGGCCAGGUCACAACCAGUGCUACCCAAGUUCCUGCCUGGGUCCCAGGAGGUGCCGUCGAAAGACCAACGCCACCACCUCCUGGACAAGAGAUUCCGGACAGCCAGGAAGAAGAGCAUGUGACCACCCUGGCCGAGGGGCUGGUGGCCCUGGGCCCCUCAGGCAUUGACAGCUGUGCCGCCGGAGCCACCAACAUCUGUGGGCCCGGGACGUGCGUGAACCUCCCAGACGGGUACAAAUGCAUCUGCAGCCCCGGCUACCAGCUGCACCCCAGCCAGGCCUACUGCACGGACGACAACGAGUGUCUGAGGGACCCCUGCGUGGGAAGAGGGCGCUGCGUCAACCGAGUGGGUUCCUACUCCUGCUUCUGCUACCCUGGCUACACAUUGGCCACCUCGGGGACCACACAGGAGUGCCAAGACAUAGACGAGUGUGAGCAGCCAGGGGUGUGCCACGGGGGACGAUGCACCAACACAGAGGGCUCGUACCACUGCCAGUGUGACCAGGGCUACAUCAUGGUCAGGAAGGGACACUGUCAAGAUAUCGACGAAUGUCGUCACCCUGGCACCUGCCCCGACGGGAGAUGCGUCAACUCCCCCGGAUCCUACGCUUGCCUCGCCUGUGAGGAGGGCUACCGGGGCCAGAGCGGGAGCUGUGUAGAUAUAAAUGAGUGUCUGACCCCCGGGGUCUGCGCCCAUGGAAAGUGCAUCAACCUAGAGGGCUCCUUUAGAUGCUCUUGUGAGCAGGGCUACAAGGUCACCACAGAUGAGAAGGGCUGCCAAGAUGUCGAUGAGUGUGCCAGCCGGGCCUCGUGCCCCACGGGCCUGUGCCUCAACACCGAGGGUUCCUUCACCUGCUCGGCCUGCGAGAGUGGCUACUGGGUGAAUGAGGACGGCACUGCCUGUGAAGACCUAGAUGAGUGCACCUUCCCGGGAGUCUGCCCCUCAGGAGUCUGCACCAACACGGCCGGCUCCUUCUCCUGCAGGGACUGUGAGGCGGGCUACCGGCCCAGCGCCCUGGGCCACACCUGUGAAGAUGUGGAUGAGUGUGAAGACUUCCAGAGCAGCUGCCAGGGAGGCGAGUGCAAGAACACGGCUGGCUCCUACCAGUGCCUGUGCCCCGCAGGCUUCCAGCUGACCAAUGGCACCGUGUGUGAUGACGUGGACGAGUGUGUGGGAGAGGAGUACUGCGCACCCCGUGGCGAGUGCCUCAACAGCCACGGGUCCUUCUUCUGUCUCUGCGCACCAGGCUUCGCCAGCGCAGAGGGGGGCACCAGCUGCCAGGAUGUGGACGAAUGUGCAGUCCCAGACCGGUGUCUGGGAGGACAGUGUGUCAACACCGAGGGCUCCUUCAGCUGUCUGUGUGAGGCCGGCUUCCAGCCCUCCCCAGAGAGUGGGGAGUGUGUGGAUGUUGACGAGUGUGAGGACUAUGGAGACUCGGCAUGUGGGGCCUGGAGGUGUGAGAACAGCCCUGGCUCCUACCGCUGUGUCCUGGGCUGCCAGCCUGGCUUCCACAUGGCUCCAGCUGGGGACUGCAUUGACAUAGAUGAGUGUGCCAACGACACCUUGUGUGGGAGCCACGGCUUCUGCGACAACACCGACGGCUCCUUCCGCUGCCUCUGUGACCAGGGCUUCGAGACUUCGUCCUCCGGCUGGGACUGUGUUGACGUGAAUGAGUGUGAGCUCAUGCUGGCGGUGUGUGGGGCGGCACUCUGUGAGAACGUGGAGGGCUCCUUCCUGUGCCUCUGUGCCAGCGACCUGGAGGAGUACGACGCUCAGGAGGGGCACUGUCGCCCGCGGGUGGCUGGAGGUCAGAGUAUUCCUGAGGCCCCGUCAGGGGACCGCCCCCCAGGCCCCAUCCGCAUGGAAUGCUUCUCCGGUCAGAAUGGCCAGCUGCCCUGCUCCAGCCUUCUAGGCCGGAACACCACACGGGCCGAGUGCUGCUGCACCCAGGGCGCCAGCUGGGGGGAUGCCUGUGACCUCUGCCCAGCUGAGGACUCAGUUGAAUUCAGUGAGAUCUGCCCUAGUGGUAAAGGCUACAUCCCCGUGGACGGAGCCUGGAUGUUUGGACAGACCACAUACACAGAUGCAGAGGAGUGUGUGAUGUUUGGGCCUGGUCUCUGCCAGAACGGCCGGUGCCUCAACACAGUGCCUGGCUACAUCUGCUUGUGCAACCCCGGCUACCACUACGAUGCCAUCCACAGGAAGUGUGAGGAUCACGACGAGUGCCAGGACAUGGCCUGUGAGAAUGGUGAGUGUGUGAACACCGAAGGCUCCUUCCACUGCUUCUGCAGCCCCCCCCUCACCCUGGACCUCAGCCAGCAGCGCUGCGUGAACAGCACCGGUAGCACGGAGGACCUGCCUGACCACGACAUCCACACGGACAUCUGCUGGAAAAGAGUCACCAAUUACAUGUGCAGCCAACCCCUGCACGGGCGCCGCACCACCUACACAGAAUGCUGCUGCCAGGAUGGCGAGGCCUGGAGCCAGCAGUGUGCCCUCUGCCCCCCCAGGAGCUCUGAGGUCUAUGCUCAGCUGUGCAACGUGGCCCGGAUUGAAGCGGAGCGGGAGGCGGGGGUCCACUUCCGGCCAGGCUAUGAGUACGGCCCUGGGCCCGAGGACCUGCACUACAGCCUCUACGGCCCCGAGGGGGCCCCCUUCUACAACUACCUGGGCCCUGAGGACACCAUCCCAGAGCCACCCUUCCCCAACACAGCCAGCCACACCGGGGCCCACACACCAGUUGUUGAGUCACCCCUGCAGCCCUCGGACUUCCAGCCCCACUCUGUGGCCAGCGGGCCAGAGCACCAGGCUGGCUUCGAAGGGCUGCAGGCAGAGGAAUGCGGCGUCCUGAACGGCUGUGAGAAUGGCCGCUGUGUGCGCGUGAGGGAGGGCUACACCUGUGACUGCUUUGAGGGCUUCCAGCUGGACAUGGCCCACAUGGCCUGUGUGGAUGUGAAUGAGUGUGAUGACUUGAACGGGCCUGCUGCACUCUGUGCCCAUGGCCACUGCGAGAACACCGAGGGCUCCUACCGCUGCCACUGCUCCCCAGGUUAUGUGGCCGAGGCAGGGCCCCCACACUGCACUGCCAAGGAGUAG